CUUGAGUUUAUGUACACAGUCACAUGCAAGUUCAAGUGCAAGCUCCACUAACGCCUUUGUUGACAUUAACAACACGUUCACACAUUUCUCAAAUUACAACCUGUUUUAUGCAGCGUUUAGCGACUAACAUCGAACUCUGUUUAAAUGUACAUCUACUUAUUCGAGAGUUCUCUUUCGAAGAAUCUUUGCAAUUCAGAGAUGGUUGUUUUGGGGUGGAAUCUAGUCAAUUGAUUCUUCCAGUUAUGCAGGUUUUUAAAGUUCUUGUGUGUAGUGUCAAGGUUACACCCAUGGGAUAUCUGAUCUGAUCUGAUCUAAGGUAUUGAGAGCUUGUUUGGUUUUAGACAUUUUGUGCUUUUUGCAGCAGAGGAGCCCGAGAAAUACGGCGUAUGGACGCUAUUUAUUUCUCAACAACGAUUUAAAACCUUGAGGUUUCAUCGUGCACUAUUUGAGGAGGACCAGGAGUCACCAAAAAAAAAAAAACCUUAAAAAAAAAAGCUGAAACUCGAUCUCACCUGAGACUGAAAUCUCAUAACAGACACUUCAAUUCUGAGUCUUCAGCAGUGCUGCUUGUGCAUAACUUCCUUUUACACUGACAAGUGCUGUCAUGGAGACAGAAGCUAAGUCACAGGAAACAUCUCCACUUAUGUCUGAAGGCAUGUGGUGGGGCACCCUGGGGUCUGUGCGGCCCUUCCCAAAUUUUCGUCCCGAGAGAGAUGUUACAGUCCUUCACACUGCACUGGAGAAGAAAGAUGUGAGCACAAUUGUGAGAAUACUAACUAAUCGUAGUAAUGCUCAGAGACGAUCUCUUGCCCUGGCGUACAAGAAUUUCUCACAAAAGGAAUUGGACGCAAGUCUCAAGAAGGUUCUUUCUGGUGAUCUGCAGUCUCUGAUACUUGGACUGAUGAUGAUACCAGAGCAGUUUGAGGCCCAUCGCUUACGCAAAGCCAUGGAGGGUGCUGGUACAGAUGAAGAAACUCUUUUAGAGAUUCUGUGCACUAGGACGCCACAGCAGCUCUCUGACAUCAGGGCUGCAUACAGUCAAGACUAUAAGCGGGAUUUGGAGAAAGACUUGAUAAGUGAAAGCAGUGGAGAUUUUUCAAAGCUCAUUGAGGCAUUGUUGAAGAAAGAGAACGGGCCAGGAAUUAUUGACCAGGAUAUAGCAACUUUAUCUGAGGAGCUGAAAAACAAGAAACCUGCAGCUGAUAUUUGGAUCAAAAUACUCACCACAAGAAACCCAGACCAUCUCAGAAUUGUGCUGGAAAAACUGGAGUUUGAGAAAGGCCAGACAGUGGAGGACGCUUUAGAGGGACAUUUUAAAGGAGUCCUCUCUGGAGACCUGAAAAAGGGCUUAAAGACUCUAGUACGAUGUAUACAGAACCAGUAUUUAUUCUUGGCACAACGGAUCCAAACUAUGAAAGCACCGGUGGUCCAGGGUGUGAUGGUGGCUCAUAGUGAGGAGGAUCUACUGAGAGUUAGAGUGGCAUACCUUCAGUCAACAGGAACUUCACUGUACACAGCCUUACAGAAGCAGUUUAAAGGUGAACUCCAGCAGGGUUUGCUGGCUAUAUGCCGUGCAGAAGAUUAGAAGAAAUGCUGUGUAUGACACAAAUGAUAAACAUUUAUGUGCACACAGUGAAAGCAUUCCAUUCAUUUUAAUUGCUAUUAAACAAAAGCUUUGUGUCUGAAAAUAAAUAAAUUCAGCACUGUCCUUUAUGAAUCCCUAUG